UCAGACUGAGGUGAAAGCACCGACUCCACUAGGACUUGAGAGGACUCUGGGGGAUCCUAGAUGAUCAUCAAGACUGGAAGGAGAUGGACCAGGCAUAGGGCCACCUGGGACAUGUUAAAUUGUUAAGAUAGUGAGUAUUUAGAACAUAAUAGAAAGAGCAUUGCUAUCCUAAUGUUUUCUACUUUGAGUGCUAUACCUGUUGUGAUGUGAGUUUCCCACUCAAUGGGAUACUCUGCUUGAAGAAUCAAGAAUCAUUUCAGACAACGAAGUGUUCAGUAUAAGCUGUUAUCUUGGAAAACCGCUCGCCUCUGGAUCUUGGCUCUAAUCACAGGGGCUGCACCCAACAGCACUGAUAAGCUAAUCAAUACCUGGAAAAUCUGAACUCACUACUCUGGAACCAUGAGCGAGGAAAUGGAGAUAGCAGAUGAAAAAGACUGGAGGGAACUUGAGCCCAACUACCCUGUUAAGAUCUUCUUAACGAUCUUUUACAGUCUCAUCCUGGUGACAGGUAUUGUGGGAAAUUCAAUCACUAUCAGAGUGACACAGGUGCUAAAACGUAAUGGCUACCUGCAGAAAAAUGUGACUGACCACAUGGUUAGCCUUGCGUGCUCAGAUUUGUUGGUGCUCCUCAUCGGCAUGCCAGUAGAGCUCUACAGUGCCAUCUGGUUCCCCUUCACGUCGGCUACAGGCAACGCUUCCUGCAAAAUUUACAAUUUCUUGUUUGAGGCUUGCAGCUAUGCCACCAUCCUCAAUGUGGCUACGCUGAGCUUUGAGCGCUAUGUUGCUAUCUGCCACCCUUUUCGUUUCAAAGUUUUGGGUGGAAGACGCACCUCGGCCCUCAUCACCUUUGCCUGGCUGGUGUCUGUACUCGUGGCACUGCCGUUGCUGAUUGCCACAGGAACACAGGGACACAUCCCCAUCCUAGCAGAUACACCUGUACAGAACCUGACUUUCUGCACCAAUCUGAGGGAGCGCUGGGUGAUGUACAGAGCCAGCAUCUUUGUUUCUUUCAUCAUCUAUAUGAUUGUGCUAAUCUGCGUUGCCUUCAUGUGCCGGGCGAUGAUCCUGGUCCUGCGGAGACCUUUGGGAUCCAUAGAUGGAGGGAUUGACGCCGUUCAAAGAGCACCCAAGCAUGAAAGUGCAAAGGUCAAGACAGCCAGGAAGCAGACCAUCAUUUUUCUGGGCCUCAUCGUAGGAUCGUUGAUGGUGUGCUGGCUUCCCAACCAGAUUCGACGUCUGAUGAUGGCCGCCCUGCCCAAGUCCCGCUGGACUACUUCCUACUUCCGGAGCUACGUCACCCUCCAUCCAGUGGCCGACAGCUUCUUCUACCUCAGCUCCGUCAUCAAUCCGUUCCUCUACAACCUGUCCUCCAGGCAGUUCAGGGAGGUGUUUGUUCAGGUGCUGCGGUGCAAACUCACCAUUGAACACAUCAACAAACGCACACUGCAGUACUCCAAUGCUGCCUCUGGGCGCUCCCUCCAACCUCUGCUGCUAAAGUCACUGCGUCGCAACAAGACGAGCCGUUCCACCGUAGCAGAGGACAAAACUCCACCCACUUUCACAACUUUUCAGACUCAAAGUGACUCAGGAGUGGGAUCAGAUACUCAGACAUCAUUGGGCAUGACUGAACAGCCAGAUUCAUAUCGCAAAGCAAAGAUAGAUGUUCCAUCAGAGGAUGAAAUAUAA